AAACGACAAAACCAUCUCCUCUUUUCUUCGAAUAUUCUCUCCUCACAACACGAAAACGACGACGACCUGUUUCUUCGUGAAAAUUGAAUUCCAAUUAGGGAUUUGCAUUCAACGACUCACCCAAUUUUGAAGAUCCCAAUUCUACAACCAUGACUGGCCACCACGCCCUAGAGAUGACCAAGACGGUGCUUGAGGUCGCCGACGUCGCGUGGUCCGCCGUCGAAUGCGGCCAUCACCUCCGCCACCACAAUUCUCCCGCCACCGCCGACCAAAACUGCCCCUCCGACCAAGACUCAGAGCUGCUCCGAUCCGAGAAUCGACGCCUCAGAAAUUUGCUUGACCAGAAUCUGAAGCUGCUCCACAACCUAUCUGAAUCACCUUCCUUCCUCAACAAUUGCCCUCCCGAUUUGCACACUCGGUUAGUUGCGACAGUGAAGUCUGAUGAGUACCUGACUCGGCUCAAGUUCCUACAACAGGAAACUGCGGGCGGAGGAAAUCAAUUUCCUUUUAAGGAGGCCACAGAGGUUGAUUAUCGUUCCGCUGACAUUUUGAUCAAUGUUGACUCAAAAGAACCUAGUUGGUGGGUUUGGGUUACAGAUGAGAUGGAUCCUAGUAAUGUAGAGGAAACGAGUGGAAUUGAUGAUGAGAAUUACUUAGUCAUCGGUGAGGAACAUGUGAUUGAAGGAGUUGCCAACUUUAUGGCCAGAUGCAUUGUGUCAAACCCAAAAGCUUUGAAGUUGUCACCAGAGGAACUACAGAAAACUCUAUCAAAAGCAUUGUGUGGUACAAGCAAACUGGAAAAGAUUUUAGAUAUUUGGAGUGCUGGAAAGAUGUUUUAUGCUCUGUCUACCUGGGGACUUGCUUUGGCUGGGCUGUACCAAAGCCGUGCGUUGUUAAAAGUUGCCGCACAUGGUGUUCAUUCAGGCAGUAAACUCGCUCUCAAGUGUCUCUGAAGAUGUCUGUUCCAUGACCAUGGGAAGUGUACAAUGAAUAGUUAUGGAGCUUAUAGUGCCUUGUUUGAGUCUAAACCAAUUUGUUUAUUCCUACAAGGUCUGAUCUAGCUCAUGUAAAUAAUUUGUAAAUGAAAUUGUUUGCUUUUUCUUGUUGUGAAUCCUUCAUUGGCUUCUAACAGUGCUGCUGAUUGUGGUACAUUGUAUUGGAUAUUUAAUAUUUAAUUAUGGAGUGAUUUAAUGCUUGUUUUUC